UCAUUAAAAGUGGACAGUCGCUCAUGAGAUGACGUGGGGAACGUGUUCGCCAUAAUGAUAAUAAACCGUCAACACAAAGCUACAACAAAACAAGGGGUUUGGUUGUGAGAUGUCCAUCGAUAACUAGUUAGUCACCUUUGCAGCAGUCAAGUCUGAGCAUAUAUCGGUGGAUACAAGUCUUGGCAGAUUUGGCAAAACCAAAGAAGAACUGAGCGGAACAACGAGGCAACGUUAUGGCGUCAGCAUCUGCCAGUGUGGACUCCAAGGCAGAGCUGACUGCUCUACUGGAACAGUGGGAGAGAGAACAGGAAGGCAGCACACAGGAGCUGGUUAACAUCAUCACCAAAAUCUCAGAGCUUGUUGAGAAGGAGACAGAGGAGUACCACAAAGCAGACCCAGACCCUUUUGAUGAUCGACAUCCCGGGAGAGCUGAUCCAGAAUGUGUGUUAGGGCACCUACUCAAGAUCCUGUUCAAGAAUGAUGACUUCAUGAACACACUUGUGAAUAGCUAUGUGAUGACCAGCAGAGAAUUUUCCCUCAAUGCAGCAGCUUGUCGCCUGCUUCAGAACAUCAUGCCUGGGCUGGAGACAGCUGUGGUCUUUCAGGAAAAGGAGGGCAUUGUUGAAAGGCUGUUUAAGUGGGCUCAGGAGGCCGAGCAGCCCCUCAGAAUCUAUGCCACAGGCUUGUUGGCGGGAGCCAUGGAGAACCAGGACAUAGCAGCCAACUACAGGGAGGAGAACUCUGUUUUGGUGCCUUUGAUGUUGCAUCGGCUGCGUGAGCUUCAGGAUAAGGAUGCUGAGAACAAAAGGGAAAUCAAACGCCCCAGCCCCAGGAAGACUUUGAGUGAACCUCUGUUACCUUUGGAUGAGGAGACUGUCGACGGAGGCUUUGAAGAGAAGCCCUUCACACCAGACAGAAACGGGGCUGAAAGGGAGGGGACGGGGCCAGACGGGGAUGGCGAAAUUCCCUUUUCAACCAUCGAGCCUGAAAACGAGCUCUCGUUCCGUCUCAACUCCCCACAUAAGACCAGCAGCCGCGCCAACUCGGCUGUUAAAACCAUGAUGAAGCCCAUGUCUGCCCCAGGUUCACUGAUACACCAGGGCAUGUCUGAUGGGAGCAGUUACCUAAAAAGGAGGGCGGAGAGGGAGAGUGGCAGGUGCUCAAAACAGAAACUAAACUUCUCUUUGCCAGAGCCAGAGAGGAACUUCAGCGAGCUUUCCAACAGCAGCUGGUCUGAGAUGAGCCCCUGGGUGAUUGGCAACAACUAUCACUUGUACCCCCUGACCCCAGAGAUCGAGCAGAGACUCAUCCUGCAGUAUCUCACACCUCUGGGGGAAUAUCAGGAGCUCCUGGCAGUGUUCAUGCAGAUGGGAGCUCGUGAGCUGCUCAUGCAUUAUAUGGAUCUAAAGCAGACCAAUGAUGUGCAGCUCACCUUUGAGGCUCUCAAGUACCUAGCUUCUCUGCUGCUGCACAAGAAGUUUGCUGCAGAGUUUGUGGCUCAUGGAGGAGUUCAGAAGUUGCUGGAAAUCCCCAGGCCAUCUAUGGCCGCCACUGGAGUGUCCCUGUGCCUCUACUACCUUGCCUAUAACCAGGACGCCAUGGAAAGGGUGUGCAUGUUGCCCCACUCCAUCCUAUCAGAUGUGGUUGGUUACACGCUGUGGCUGUUGGAGUGCUCGCAUGCAUCCGGCUGCUGCCACGCCACCAUGUUCUUCUCCAUCUCCUUUUCGUUCCGUGCCGUCCUGGAGCUUUUCGACAAACAAGACGGGCUCCGACGCCUUGUCAAUCUGAUUAGCACAUUGGAGAUCCUGAACCCUGAGGACCAGGGAGCGCUGCUGAGUGAUGAUGAGAUUUUCUCCAGCAGGCAGACAGCCAAGCACACCUGCAUGGCCCUGCGCAGGUACUUUGAGGCACAUCUGGCAAUCAAGGUGGAGCAGGUGAAGCAAUCUCUGCAGCGCACAGAGGGGGGUGCCCCCAUUCAUUCCCAGCCCUACUACAAGGCUGUCAGCUACAGCCGUGAGCAGGUGGUGGAAAUGAUGGAGUUUCUGAUAGAGUACGGCCCACUCCGACUGUACUGGGAACCAGCAGAGGUCUUCCACAAACUGUCUUGUGUCCAGCUCCUCCUGCAGCUCAUUUCCAUUGCCUGUGAAUGGAGGACCUACUAUGGCAGGAGUGACACAGUGCGGUAUGCCCUCGACAUCCUGAGUAUCCUCACAGUUGUUCCAAAGACCCAGCUGUUGUUGUCUGAGGCUGUUGCUGUGCUUGAUGAGGGAGGGUCUACUGUUUCCAGUGUUGGAAUGAGUAUAGUCCUGGCGGUGGCAGAGGGAGAGGUGUUUGUGAACGAUGCCGAGAUUCAGAAGUCGGCUCUGCAGGUCGUCAUCAACUGCGUCUGCGCUCCAGACAAACGCAUGUCCAGCAUUGGCAAGUUCAUUGCAGGCACUCCCCGUCGUCGCCUUCCCCAGCAGACCAAAGCCAGCGAGAAUGUGCUCACUAAGAUGUGGAAUGUGGUGCAGUCCAACAAUGGCAUCAAGGUGCUGCUGUCCCUGCUGACGGUGAAAAUGCCCAUUACAGAUGCAGAUCAGAUCCGAGCUCUGGCCUGUAAGGCUCUGGUGGGUCUGUCUCGCUCCAGCUCUGUCAGGCAGAUCAUCAGCAAGCUGCCUUUGUUUAGCAGCGGACACAUCCAGCAACUCAUGAAGGAGCCUGUGCUCCAGGACAAACGCAGCGAACAUGUCAAGUUCUGUAAGUUUGCGGCUGAGCUGAUAGAAAGGAUUUCUGGGAAGCCCUUGCUGAUCGGUACGGAUGUGUCUCUGGCAUGGCUGCAGAGGGCCAGCGUGGUCGCUCAGUCCAGGAUCACCUUCCCUGAGAAAGAGCUGUUGUUGCUUAUUAGGAACCACCUUGUGGCAAAAGGCCUCCAUGACACGGCCAACACGCUCACCAAGGAGGCAGAACUCCCGAUGGCAUGUCUGUCUCAUUCUUCACAUUCAACUUCUGCUUUCCCUCCUGUCGCUCCUCCUCCCACUGCCUCCCCUGUUGCCACUCUACCCCGCACCCCACGGCUGGCCAACGGUGUCGGGUCAAGACACGGCAACCAUCCCUCUCAUUCAUCCACCCCAGGAUCCAGCCAUCCACCAACACGCCCUUCCACAUCACAACCCACCGGGUCUUCUUCGACUGCUUUCCCCUCAACAUCUGUGCCCCACUGUAGCAAUGGCUCCCCACUGAUCGGCCGAAUCAUUUUCUCUCGGGAACGGCAAACAGGGUGUGGUACGGUGAGCUGCAAGAAACCCCGGGUACUGAGGCAGAAGUCUGACCAUGGCGCCUUCAGCCAGAGUCCAGCAAUGAAGAAGCAGUUUGACAGGCACCUCCCCUCCCCCCCUGCAUUAGACAGCAUCAUCACAGAGUACCUGAGGGAACAGCAUGCACGCUGUAAAAACCCUGUCGCAACCUGCCCGCCUUUCUCUCUCUUCACCCCCCAUCAAUGCCCAGAGCCCAAACAGAGACGCCAAGCACCCACCAACUUUACAUCCAGACACACACGAAGAGUUAUAUAUCCUAAAUACGGAGGAGUAGAUGGAGGGUGCUUUGACAGACAUCUCAUCUUCAGCCGGUUCCGUCCCAUCUCCGUGUUCAGGGAGGCUGAUGAGGAUGAGAGCGGAUUCAUGUGUUGUGCCUUCUCAGCUCGUGAGCGGUUCCUGAUGCUCGGGACGUGCACAGGGCAGCUCAAACUCUACAAUGUGUUUACAGGCCAGGAGGAAGCCAGCUACAGCUGUCACAGUUCAGCCAUCACUCACCUGGAGCCCUCACGGGAUGGCUCGCUGCUUUUAACGUCAGCCUCCUGGAGUUACCCUCUGUCUGCACUGUGGGGCAUGAAAUCAGUGUUCAUUAUGAAGCACUCCUUCCUGGGAGACCAUUAUGUGGAGUUCAGUAAGCUGUCACAAGAUCGUGUCAUUGGAACUAAGGAAAAUAUAGCACGUAUUUAUGACAUCCAAACGGGUCAGGUGACUCUGACUCUGAACAACCCAGACCUGGCCAACAACUACAAGAGGAACUGCGCCACCUUCAACCCCACAGACGACCUGGUUCUGAACGACGGCGUGCUGUGGGACGUGCGCACGGCUCAGGCCAUCCACAAGUUUGACAAGUUCAACAUGAACAUCAGUGGUGUGUUCCACCCCAACAGCCUGGAGGUCAUCAUCAACACGGAGAUUUGGGAUCUGCGGACCUUCCACCUGCUCCACACAGUUCCUGCACUGGACCAGUGCAGAAUAGUCUUCAACAACAACGGCACUGUCAUCUAUGGAGCAAUGUUGCAGGCUGACGAUGAAGACGACAUGAUGGAGAUGCAGAUGAAAAGUCCGUUUGGUUCAUCGUUCAGGACCUUCAAUGCCACUGACUACAAACCAAUUGCCACUAUUGACGUCAAGAGGAAUAUAUUUGACCUUUGCACGGAUACAAAAGACUGUUACCUAGCUGUGAUCGAGAACCAAGACUCUGUCAACACUGACACUGUCUGCAGGCUGUAUGAAGUUGGUCGGCAGAGACUUGCAGAGGAAGAGGAGGAGGACGAGGAGGAUCAGGAGGAUGACGAUCAGGAGGAAGACGACGACGAUGACGAUGACUCUGAUGAUGAUGUCGACACAGAUCCCCUCAUCGCCGAGCUAGAGAAUGAGAACGGUGGCGAGGAUGAGGACGAUGAAGAGGAGGAUGACGGGAACGAUGAAUUCUCUCCCUCUGAUGAAGAGGUGGCUCGUCUGCUCGAAGAAGACGUUGACGUCGGAGACGACGAGGACGAGGACGAUAAUGAUGAGGACGACUCUGAUAAUGAUGAUGUUGAUCUGGAUGGAGACAACGACAGCUCCGACAACUCUGACCUUGAGGAUGACAUCAUCUUAUCCCUGAAUGAGUGAGGAGCGACGGGCGUCUGGGACGGAGCAACCGGACAACAUGUCAAGACUUCUGCCUCAUAGAUAUUUGAGCUGCAGAACAGGAGGCAAGAGGAGAGGAUGAUAUCAGCAGAUAAGGUGGGAGAUAACUUGGAGCACUGCCAGUUUGAAACAGUAGGUGUCUGCACACUGUGGGACUGUAAGUGACAGGACCAACGGAGAUCCCCCCCCCCC